AUGAGUAACAACAACAUUAAUAAUGCCAAAGGUGAGGUUGUUCUUCCACUUCUAGAGCUUGGCAAGGUCAAGGAAAGAUUCAAAAAUGAUAACUCUAUACAAAGGAUAAAUCAACUAUACAACAAUGAUAACUUAGAUUCGUCCUCUAGUAGCCGUUCAAGUGUUUUUUCUGCCAAUUUGUCAAUACCUCAGGAACCAGAACUUGGUGUGAAUAAAUCAAUAUCAACUAAUUAUGGAGACAUAUCUGCUAACCAAAUAAAAAAUAGGAUGUUGGGAAAACAUUGUUUUAGUCUAGUUCAAGUUGAUUGGGACUCAGAUAAAGAAGAUAAUCUUAAACAUUCUAGCAGUUUAAUGAGUGUUGAAGACUAUUUCAGUAAUAAUAUAAAGUACAAUUCUGCAAUUCUCGGAACUAAACAAAAAAUUGACUUAAUGGAAAAACGAAGCUAUGAUUCUGAAACUUCUCUCAUUCACAAAAAAGUUAAAUCUCCAAAGAAAAUUAUGGAGAAAGUCAAGUCCAAACUACAAUCUCUUAUUAAGUUGCAUGAAGAAGAACAUUCACUAAAUGUAAAAAGUAAUAUUCAUCGAUAUGAUUUAAGCUCAGGUAAAGAUAGCCAAAAGCCAAAGGUUAGCAGUGCAAUUUCCGGAUUGAGUUCAAGUAAAAGUAAUAUAAAGGAUAAAUUUAUUGAAAAAAAUGGCUCUAAAUUGAUAGGUUUAAAUAGCAAUCUCGUUUCCAAAGAUAGUAAACCUGCUUUUAAUAAAGUCAGUAUAAAAAAAAGUGCAAUAUUAAAUGGAAUAAGCCUUAAAAGCCAGAAUUUUGAGAAAGAAGCCAAACUUGAAAAGAUAAGUUUAGAUCAGGACAAUAAUUUAAAUGAUAAAUCGGAAUUUACUGCCAAGAAAUCAACUAAUGAAGAAAUAAAAAAUAUUAAAUUAGUUUCAAAAGCUGAAUUGAAUAACACUAAUUUAAUUCCAGUAAAUGACAAAAAAUUAGAUGAGUAUACCGAAAAAAACUUUAUUAAUAAUACAACACAUGAAAUUAAAGUUUUCAAUAAAUUUGAUUCAGAAAGGAUUGAAGAAUUAGGCGAGACAAAAAUUUCGUCUCAAAAUUCUCCAGAAGAUCUAAUUAAAACAUCAGUUUCUUCUGAUUGUCAAAUUUCCAAUGAUAGCGGAUUAAUAGACGAAUUGAAACAGGAUUAUAACCUAAUAAUCGAGGAUUCCCCAAGUAAUACUAAAUGUUCAAAAGGUGAAGACAAUUUUAAUGAACAAAGAGGCAUUAAAGUAAACAAGUUAAUUUGCAAAAAUGAUCAGGGGGACAACUUGAAUUUAAGUAACGAAAAAAAUACAAAAGAACCAGAGCCAAACAAUCAGGGAAAAUUAGAACACAAAAAUAAGAUUAACAUUGAUCAAGUUCCAUUUAACGAAGAGGUAAAGUGCAAUGAAAAAACACAAGAAAAAAUUGAGUUAAAUAUUGAACAAUCUAAAAUAAAUAACACAAUAGUAACUGAACAAAUAGAAGAAAAGAACGAGAAAACAAUACAUUCAGAAGGAAAUUUUAAAGAUGGAAAUGAUAAAAAUGAUAUAUUAGUAGAGGCUAACAAACCAAAGACAAUAAGCGAUUUAAAGCAUGAUAAAAAAAGUGAAGAUGAUAAUGAAACAAGUGGUGAACAAGUAAUUGAAGAUAAAAAAAUAACAGGUGAUUCUGAUUUAAAUUACAAAAAACAUCAAGACUUUCAAGAGAAAAAAAGUGAUGAAAAGUAUCUGGAAGGUUCGAAAGAUACACCAAAGCAAACAAUCUCGGAUACUAAGGAGGAAUUAAAACUUAAAGAUUUGAGCUCAAAUAAUGCUCAAAAAUCAGAAGAUCAAGCAAAAUUAGAUAAUAAUAAUGAUGAAAAAUCUGCUCAAAGAGACAUUCUUAGCGAUAUACUGGAGUUGAAAGAUGGUGCUCUUAUGGAAAAGCCAAAAACUGAGGAUGCAGAUAAAAUUGAGCUUGAAGUAAAAGAUUCUUCAAGUUUAGAAGAGAGAUCAAUAGAUGGGCUUAUUAUGAAUACUAAUUUGGAGGAGAUUUCAAAAAUUAUCCCUAAUGAACUUAAAUUACAAAUUAAAAAUCAUGGUGUUAAAGAUGAAGUCAAUUUUCAGGAAGAACUAAAACUAAAAGUAGAGGAAAGAGAAAAUCUUAGGAAAACGUUAAAAGAAGAAAAAGAACCUGAGUCAGACCAAAAAAUAAUUUUUGAAGACAAAAGUAACGGACAAGAAAUAUCAAAUCAGACACUAACAAACUUAAAGCAAGACAAUAAACAGAAGUCUAAAAGUACACCUAAAUUUGCACUAUUAGAAAGUAAUAACAACUCUAUAAAUAAAACUGAACCAAAAAAGAAGAAUUCUAUAAUAAAUGGGAAAACUCCAUGUAUGAAUCAAAUAGAAUCAGGCGAUGAGUUAAUUCAAAAUGAUAAAUUUGAUGAGAAUUCUAAAAAUAAAAUUAAAGAAUCUGCUGAACGAAAUAAAAAUAAUAAUUUGGAAGAAAUGGACUUUAAGGAUGAAUUGAAAUUAUUUUUUAUUGCUAAGUCAAACGAAAAGAAACAGAAUAAGGCUCUAAAUGCCGUUUCCGAAUUAGAUUCUGCAAAAACUAAUGGACUUAAAAAAGAUGAUAAAUUUUCUGCAAAAUUAAACUCUGAAAAAGAUGCAGUAAGUAAAGAAUUAGUAAAUAAAGAAAAGAAAAUGGAUAAUAAUCCAAAAUUCAACAUAAUAGAAAACAAACUAGCAAAUAAAACUAAUUCUAGAAUAAUUCAAAAAAAUGCCACAGAUAAUUCUGUUAAAUUUACCAAAAAAUAUAGUGAAAAACCUAACAAACAACCUCCUGCUGUAAAAUUUAUAGUAGAGAACAAUUUAGUGUCCGAUGAGAUAGAAUUAAAGAAUAAUAAUAAGGACUUACUCCGAGGUAAGGGUAAACUGGCCGUGAAUACUAAAAAGGAUUCACAGAAGAAAAUAGGUGAAAUGGAACCAACGAGUAGUGUAGAUAUUUCAAAUCCGAAUCAAAAAUGUGAAAUAAUUAAACCAGUAGCCAAUCAGAAAUAUGUGGAUCAAGUAUUUAACAAAGGGUCAAAAAAUAACAGCCCUCCAGAAAAAGGUGAAAACAAAGAUAUAUUAAAAGGGAAAUGGAACGAAACAAUCAAGGAUAGAGAUAAAACAAAUAUAUUUUCCUGCAAAAAAAAAAAUGAUCAAGCUCAAAAAAUGUCAAGUGAAGUUAUUAACACAAAUUUUGAUAUUAAUUUCAAAGACUCAAGUUCUAUAAAGAAAGGUAAUGACUUUCAGGUAAAUAGUACAAUCGACUCAGAUAGCAAAAAACUCGUUUCCAAAGCUAGUUUGAAGAAAAUAAUUACUCUGGAAGAUUGUAUAGACCCAGAACUUUUACAAAAUCAAAAUAAACCAAACAUAAAAAAAGGGUUGGUUAAAAGGUCAGAUUCGAGUAUAUCUUUUAAAGGAGAUAAAGUUCAAAAGCAAUUGUUAAGCCAAAGAAAAAGGGCACUUUUAAGAAAUCAUUUAACUGCCCCAAUAUUGCAAUAUAGAAUUUAUAGCAAUAACAAUCAAAUUAAUAUAACAGAUAAUUUAACUAGGGGUGAAACAAGUAUUGGCAUAAAUGAAAAGUCAAAAGUUAUGUUUUCACAAUUUAGAGAUGUUUUUAGUAAGUUAUGUAAAGUAUUCGGAAAUAGAAAUGAAGAAAGUAAUCAAAUAUAUGAUAGAGAUCAUAAUUUAGAUAUUCAAGCUCAAAGAAAAAAAUCAUUCGGACUCGAAUUAAAACCUUUUAUACACAGAUAUAAUUUAACCAACGAAAAUUCAAAUUUUUCACCAGAUUCGAAAAUGAAUCAACUAGAACCCCCGAGACAAUAUGAAAAUCAUCUAAAUAAAGAAAAAUUCAGUAAUAAACAGGUAAAUUCUAGUGAGAGCAGAAAGUUGGUUGCUAUUGAAAAAUUACUUUCAUCAGACUUUUCUUCAAUAGAUCAAAACAAUAAAUCACUUGAAAGAUCAUCUUUAAAUAAAUUAAAGUUAGAAAAUAGUAGUUCUAAAAGGCUUCUUAGAAGGAUUUCAAGGAAAAAGAUAGCAAACAGAAAUAUUCAUAAUGUAGUUGACCUUAAUAAGAUUUCAAUUAGGAGCCCAAGAAAUGAAGGUAUGGUGAAUACCACAAAUAAAACAUUAAAAAUAAAUUUAAUGGAAAAUAUAUUAAAAUCAGAGCACCAAAUUCACCAAAUGGAAGCUUUAGAGAACAAGAAAUUGACUAGAAACAAAAGUAUUGGUUUAGAUAGUGACAUAGGUACAAGCACCAUUAAUAAGUACGAAGAUAUUUAUAUGAAAAAUAGAACUAGGAGAAAUUAUUUUAAGCUACUCAGAAAUUACUUCAAUGGUUAUAAGGCUGAAAAUUAUAAUACUGGGUCAAAUUGUUCCUGCCACAUUUGUAGUAGGCAUGAGAUCAAUGACAGCAAAAUCGAUCCAAUUACACUGCAUAUUAUUAAAGAAGAAACUAAACUUAGAAAAAUGAAGCAGGAUAAUGCAAAUAUCAUGAAUAAUGCACACAAAUUUGAUUAUUGUAAUAACUAUCCAAAACAUUACCACAAACAUUAUCACUAUAAUGGAACCAAAUCAUUCAAACUAGAAAAGAAGCAUAGAAAGUCAAGUUGCAAACAUAGGCAUAAAGGUAAAUAUAAAGAUAGAUGUAGACACAAUGAAAGACGACAUCAAAGGAAAUUAAAAAAAAUUGAAUUAGAUAAGGAAAGAAGUAAGGCAAAUUAUAUAUGUUCAGAAAAUAUACAGAAAGAAGAUAAAGAUUUGAAAAUAACUAACAACAGUAGUAAUAUAUAUAGUUCCAAUGAUUUUGCUCAAUUAAAGGGCCAAAUAGAACUAAUUUUGAGAGAAUAUGGUGUAAUAGAUAGAGUUUCAAAACCAGAAGUUAAUUCCAACCCUCAAAAUUGUAAUAUUUUAAUUGAAGCUAAUGAAAUUUCAAUGUUAAAAAAAAUAUUGUCGGAUACUAACGAACUCUUGUCACAAAAUAUACAAGAUAUAAAAACAAUUAAACCUCAAAUAAUUAAAGGAAACUCACCAUAUUUGUAUACUGGUGAAAAACAAAAAAAUACGGAUUUUUCAGGGGAGUUAAGUACAAAGGACAAAAUAGAAAAGAAAAAGGGAACUGAAAUACACAAACCUUUGAUUUCUCCAAAGAACGAUUUGGAAAGAGCAAUAAUGCAUAGAAACAUUAUGCAAAUGAAACUAGAUCUUGAUAGAAUUAAAGAGGACGAAUUGAGUAGAAUAAUGAACAUUAAAAUGAUAAGAAAAUAUUCAAAGAAUGGACAAAGAAUUGCUAGAGAGAAAAAAAGCGUUGCGAAUAUUAAUAAGUCAAGAAAUUUAGAAAAUUCGGAUCUUAAUAGGUUAGGUAGCUUAAAAACGGUUAAGAAAACAAUUUUAAAAUCUUCAAAACAACAGUCUGAUACUAAAAAUCAAAGUAGUUCUUGGUUUUCAAGCUGGUUUGGAUACUCUGAACCUAAUAAUGAAAUUCAAGGAAACAAAGAUCAAAUAACGGAUACUAAGGCUAUUAAUCAAGAAACACUAAAUGAAGGGGGUGAAAUUAAUAAUCAAGUUCAAAUUAAGAGAUCAAAUCUUAAUAGCAAUUCUUCACCAAAGGCAAAACAAGCAAACUACCCUCCUCCGCCUCUUCAAAACUAUUAUAUUGAAAACAAGUCUAGCAAUAAUAAAUAUUUUAAUAGUUCGAAGUCAGACGCAAGGGCUACUAAAGCGACAUCAAAUGAUGAUGAAAGCUUAGAUAUAGAAGAUUUCAUUGAUUUUUCGGAUCGGGAUAUUUCUAAACCAAAAAAUAAACCCGAAAUAGAGAAAAGGCCAGAAGAGAACUAUAUUAAGGAGACUGGAUUAAUACCGGAGGUAGAAAACCAAACAAAUGGACAAGAAAGUUCAUUUUGGGGAUGGUUUGGAUAUUCAAAUACUCCGGAAAAUCCAAAAACCAAUGUUAAAAUGGCAAAGACUACACAAAAAAAUAUAACUAAAAAUAAUCAGCCAAGACUAAAAAGGAAGUCUUCAAACAAUCAGACUCUAAAAGAUAAUAAUAAAAACUAUGAAAAUAGUGGCAAUUUCUCUCAAGUAAUUUCCUCACCCACGCCCACACCUACACCCACACCCACACCCACACCUGCACAAGAAACAUCCUGGUUUAGUGGCUGGUUUUGGGGUGCAGCAGAGACCCCUCCUGCUCCUCCACCAACCCCUAUUGUAAAAACGAACGACAAACCGGAAACGAAUUGGUCUCCACCCCCUCCUUUAGUACCGACAGAUAAUUCAUCUGGCAUUCAAGCUCCAAUAGAAAAUGGGUAUAACCAAGAAACUCAGCAACCACCACCCCCGCCUCCUACUCCGGCUCCUGCAGAAGAAACUUCUUGGUUUAGUGGUUGGUUUGGUGGAACUGCAGAACCAGCAAAAGUAAAUAUUUCAAAGGAAAAGUCUGGAAUAAAAAAUAAUGGACAAAGAAAGGAAAGUUCUGCCAAAAGCAGAAAUAUGCAAAAAAAUAAAGAGAAUAAAAACAAUAUAUCAUCCAUUAAUAACUUCCCUUCUAUAAAAGUUUCUCCUGCACCUGAGCCUAAAUCACCACCUCCUGCGGAAAAUUCUUCUUGGUUUAGUGGUUGGUUUGGAACAUCUGAAACAACCCCUGCUCCUCCUCCAACUCCUAUAAUGAAUUAUAAUUCAGAAUAUAUAAAUGUUGCUGCAACAGAUUCACUUCGGGCACCAGCAGUCUCUUCUCCGCCUCCUGCGGAAGAAUCAUCGUGGUUUGGGAGCUGGUUCAGUGUUACCCCGGACCCCUCAGCCCAAAAUUCACCGCAACAAUCUCCCAAAAGAUCAAAUUCAAUUAACCCAAAAGCUAAAAGUGCAGCGGCCCUAGAACAAACAUAUUACACACAAACUCCUGCUCCUCAAUCACCUGCAGAGGAAUCAUCGUGGUUUAGUGGGUGGUUUGGCACAUCAGAAACAACUCCUGCUCCACCUCCGACUCCAGUUGCAAUGGGAAACUCAGAACCUAUGAAUAUUUCUAAAGAAAAUACGAAGCAAGUUUCCAUGCCUUCAUCUCCACCGCCUGCACCUGCACCAGCACCUGCAGAGGAGUCAUCGUGGUUUAGUGGGUGGUUUGGAACAUCAGAAACAACUCCUGCUCCACCCCCAACUCCAGUUGCAAUAGCAAACCCAGAACCUAUGAAUAUUUCUAAAGAAAAUACGAAGCAAAUUUCCAUGCCUUCAUCUCCGCAGCCAGCACCAGCACCAGCACCAGCACCAGCACCAGCACCAGCACCUGCAGAAGAGUCAUCGUGGUUUAGUGGGUGGUUUGGCACAUCAGAAACAACUCCUGCUCCACCUCCAACUCCAGUUGCGGUCGCAGGCCCAGAACCUACAAAUAUUUCUAAAGAAAAUACAAAACAAAUUUCUGUACCUUCCUCUCCACAGCCAGCACCUGCACCUGCAGAAGAGUCAUCUUGGUUUAGUGGGUGGUUUGGAACAUCAGAAACAACUCCUGCUCCUCCUCCCACUCCAACUGCAACAGAAAACCCAAUACAAAACGUUUCUAAUGAAAACAAUCUUCAGGUCCCAUACACUUCUAGUCCUAUCCCAAGUUCCACCCCUUCACCACCUGCGGAAGAAUCUUCAUGGUUUGGGGGAUGGUUCGGUGGAUCGGAAUCUACUCCCCCUGCUCCCCCUCCGUCCCCCUCAGCAGCACAAGAAUCUAGCUGGUUCUCUGGGUUCGGAUGGUAA